UGGGACAGGGACUGGAGAAGCAGCUCGCAAAGCCCUGGCUCAGCAAACCGCACGGGCAGCUCUGUCAUUCUGGGAUUGCAGCCUCAGGAGAAAGCAAAAACAAAAAUAAAAGAAAUCCUAUUGAAAGUGAUUGCAAAAGUUUGGAUUGAAACGUGCUCUGGGUUUUAGAAGUGCCGAAGCCCCACCUCCACACACCCACACCCAUCCUGGGCAGGGAAAGAGCGAAUGGCCCCAGCUCUGCGGGCAGAGGAAAACUUUCGCUCCCAGCGCCAGUGGGAUGAGGAUCGGGAGAGCCCUGGAACUGCUGACAGAAUGACAAGUACGGCUCCAAGGAGCAGCUGCCCGGACGUGGCCCGGAAAACACUCUGCAGGAGCCCCUUUCUCAGUAUCAAGUUCUUUGUGUUCUGCCAUGGGCUGCUGCAGCUCUCCCAGCUCCUGGUCUCCGGCUACCUGAAGAGCUCCAUCUCCACCAUCGAGAGACGCUACGGCCUCUCCAGCCAGACCUCAGGGCUGCUCGCUUCCUUCAACGAGGUUGGGAACACGCUGCUGAUUGUCUUCGUCAGCUACUUCGGCAGCCGUGUGCACCGGCCGCGCCUCAUCGGCUGCGGGGCCAUCCUCGUGUCCCUGGCCGGCUUCCUCAUGUCCCUGCCCCACUUCAUUACAGGGCCCUACGAGUACGACCAGUCUGUGGCCAGCACCUUCAGCAACACCACGGACCUGUGCCAGCCCAGGGCCCCGGGGUCCUGGGCCAACCUGAGCGCUGCCAGCUGCACCCCCCACGCCUCCAGGGAGAACCACGAGGUUCUCCUGGUCAUGUUCAUGGCCCAGGCACUGCUGGGCAUCGGUGGCGUGCCCAUCCAGCCCUUCGGCAUCUCCUACAUCGACGACUUCGCCAGCGAGAGGAACUCCCCCCUCUACCUGGGAAUCCUGUUCUCCGUGACGGUCAUCGGCCCGGGGGUGGCCUUCAUGCUGGGCUCUGCCAUGCUGAGGUUCUACGUGGACAUCGACAAAGUCGGCGCAGCUGAGGUGCAGCUCACCAACAAGGACCCGCGCUGGGUCGGGGCCUGGUGGCUCGGGUUCCUGGUGGCCGCCAGCCUGGUGGCCGUGUCUGCCCUGCCCUACUUCUUCUUCCCACGGGAAAUGCCGAAGGAGGUGGUGAGAGGGAAGGACAGUGGCAGCAAGAAGAGGGAGGACAUGCUGAGCCAGCUCAGGUCGAGAUCCAAGCACAUGGAGAGCCUCUCCCUACCGGAGUUCAUCAGACGUUUCCCUGUGGUGCUGCUGAGGAACCUGCGGCAUCCCGUGUACCUGCUGGUGGUGCUGGCUCAGGUCAACAUCUCUGCCAUGGUUGCUGGGUUAGCAACGUUCAUGGGCAAGUUCCUGGAGAGACAAUUCUCCCUCACAGCAUCCCUGGCCAACAUGAUCAUUGGUGCCGUGAACAUCCCCGGGGCCAUGGUGGGGAUUGUGGUGGGCGGUGCCAUCCUGAAGCGGUUCCAGAUGUCUCUGAGGCAGUGCAGUGCCCUGUGUGUGCUGGGCAUGCUGCUCUGCCUGCUCGGGGCCUUUCCCCUGCUCUUCCUGGGCUGCCCCACGCAGAAGGUGGCCGGUGUCACCUACUGGGACAGCUCUGGGUUUGGGCACCAUGACAUGGAGUGCAACGCGCAGUGUCACUGCCCCGAGAAGGGCUUCAACCCCGUCUGUGGCUCCAACGGCGUGGAAUACACCUCCCCCUGCUCUGCUGGCUGCAGGAAUGUGAACAUCGACACAAACAACUCAGUCCUGAACUACACCGAGUGCAGCUGCAUCCCGGGAGCAGGGCUCGCCAGGCCGGGCACCUGCGGCACCGGCUGCUCCCACCUCUUCGUGCCCUUCGUGGUCCUGUCCUGCCUGGCAGGGAUCCUCGCCAGCACAUCCCACACGCCGUCCUUCAUGCUCAUCCUCAGGAGCAUCCAGCCUGAAGACAAAUCAUUUGCUGUUGGGAUACAGUUCAUGCUGCUGAGAGUUUUAGCUUGGAUGCCGGGCCCGGUGCUGUACGGCAGCGCCAUCGACACCACCUGCAUCCUGUGGGAGAGCAGGUGUGACCGGAGGGCAGCCUGCAGGUACUACGACAACACCCUCUUCAGGCAGAGGUAUCUGGGGCUGCAGUUUUUCUUCGAGGUGGGCGCUUUCCUGUGCUUCGGGGCCGUGUAUCUGAUCCUCAGCAAGCAGGAGAGGGAAGCCAGCCAGGCACAGGAGACAAAGGCAGAGCCAGAAAAGGAGAAACUGUCAGGAGACUCCAUAAAGACCCCGGAAUCCAAAGUGUGACACCGCAAAGGUGAAUUGUGAUCAAGUCUGGGGAGGUGGAGCCACGUGAAUCAGCCCACACCCGAGCUGUGGAGGGUGGAUGCCCGGAGUGAUGCACCCUGGGGCUGCCUCCUGAUCUCCCAGGUGGGAUGAACUCUUCCUGCAGUGCUGGGGAUCCAUCCAUGCAUUGUUCUCCACCUCAGGGGUGCAGCUUCUUCCUUCCCAUGGAUUAGUCCGCACACUUCAACCCUUGGACUCUGCAGCCUCCGGGAUUUGUGUCCUUCAAAGCAUUUUUUCCUGCUGAGCGUCUCGGUGAUGCCAGCACUGAGCAUUAACCAUAAACCUGAAGGGUUUUGUGGGUUGUAUUUUUUUAAAUAAAUCAUUUUUAAGAAAUGGUUUUGUACUGAA